AUGUCCAGGGACCACAGCUUGAAAACCUCCAUGGCAGACAUAACUAAAAGGCAAACUAAAUCCCUGCUCCAUCACUGCCUGCCCCGGGUGGCGGCGCAGGACAUUUUCUCCAAGCGCCUUCCCGCCCGCGCGCAGGUGGCCUGCGCUGGAGGAUCCGGGGCAACGCGCAUUUCCUGCGCCCCCGGAAGUGGCGGCGACGCCAGGCCCUGCCCCCGGCAGAGGCGGAAGCGCAGUCGCCCUGAGAGAUCGCCCGUCGCCGCAGGCGCCUCGGGCCAGCCGCGCGCCUUGGCCCUUGGCCGCCCAUUGCUACCGCCCCGGCCCUGGGCGGCCCGGGGCCUGCUGCGGGCGGGGCGCUGCCCGACCAGAGCUUCCUGUGGAACGUCUUCCAGAGGGGCGGGCUGGCACCGCCCAGGCACCUCCCGCCUCCGCCGCAGCCGCCCCCGACCCCUGCCCCGACCCCUGCCCCGACCCACGCGGCCGCCCCCGUUCGCUGCCGGUUGCCCCGCGGCCUCCCCCAUCCUCUGCUGGUUGCCCCGCGGCCUCUCCUAUCACCUGCCGGGUCCCCAGAGGGCCCCCCCCCGUUCACUGCCCCGACCCCCGCGGCCGCCCCCAUCCCCUGCCCCGAUCCCCGCGGCCGCCCCCGACCCCUGCCCCGACCCCCGAGGCCUCCCCCGACCCCUGCCCCGACCCCCGCGGCGGCCCCUGACCCCUGCCCCGACGGACGCGGCCGCCCCCAUCCCCUGCCGGGCCCCUCGCGGUCUCCCCCGUCCCCUGCCCGAUCUCCUGUGGCCGCCUCUGCUUCCUGCCGGGUCCCUGUCCUGUGUCGGGCCCUUCCCAAGGUGCAGAGUGCGCCACUGCAGACCCGAGGUCGCGGCCACCGGCUUCUGGGCUAGGCUCCGUCAGGGGGAGGGUCUCCAGGGUGCUUGUUUGGGGAAAGCGGAAACAGACUGCCCGGACGGCUGUUAAAAUGUCAGCAGCCAAGGAACAAGCAGCGACCUGGCGUCUGGUCGGGCCAGGGUUGAUAAAGACAGGAGUGGAGUGAUAUCGGACACCGAGCUUCAGCAAGCUGUCUCCAACGGAUGAAGCCGCACCCACCCUUCAGGAUGCCAGCCUUGGCAACAUUGUGAGACCCUGUUGCUACAAAAACUAAACAAGUGUGGUGGUGCACGCCUGUAGUCCCAGCUACUUGGGAGGCUGAGAUGGGAAGAUCACUUGAGCCUGAGAGAUUGAGGCUGCAUUGAGCUGAGAUCAAGCCACUGCACUCCAGCCUGGGAGACAGAGCGAAACCCCGUCUCAAAAAAACAAAGAAAGUGGAUGUGCGCUGCUCCUGCCAUUGGAUCAUCGCAGCAUUUUUCUUUUCUCUGAUGUGUGCCUUUUUCCUCGCCGUGGGGGCUCAUGUUUUCAUAGUUUCCUCUUGCUGCUAGAUUAUGAGCUGCAUGAAGGAAGGUUCAUAGUUGUGUUGUCUGUACAGGCACACAAAAUUUGUCCUUGGAUAGACACAUAUCAAUCCGCUUCCUUCUCCUCUCUGAAUUUCUUUAUUUAAAAAAAAAAUUAGAGAUGGAGUCUCACUGUCUUGCCCAGGCUGGUCUCAAACUCCUAGGCUCAAGCGAUCCUCCCGCCUCUGCUAAUAUGAAUUAUUAGCCUAUACUAAUAUGAAUUCCUAUACUAAUAUGAUUCAAAUUAGUUUGACUUCUAUAAUGUUCUCCCAGAUUGGCUUCUGUUUUGAUAGUAGAACUAAAUUAUUAGGCUAUUUCAAGAAAUUAAUAUAUUACUGGUAGAAAACCUGAAGCUACAAAAUGGCCUGGUUUGUCACUUCAGUUAAAUUUGUGGCUGUGAGUGCUUGUAUUCUAGGUGAAACCGCACUGAGAUGGUAUUUGUGGCCGGUAUGCUGAUUCAUUGAUUAGACUUCUUUGCACAGGAGAGCUGCUAAAAAUUACUGCGGUGAACAGGUAUGAAGAAGAAGGCUGUUCUCUGCCCUUCUUUUUGCAAUAAAAUGUUACAAAGUA